UUGCUGCUGACUUGACGCAGAUUCCUGCAAAUACACCGUCUCUUGGCGAACAUGGCGGCAACUUAACAACGGCAGAGAGAUGAAGACGGUGAGGGCUUGAAAAAGAAAAGAGGUCUGUUACAGGCUGUAGGCCUCUCCGCCGACUCAAAGGCAGACAGCCUCGCCAUGUUGGAAGAGAAUAGCGCCCUUGUCCCUGUUCGACCGAGGCCGGGGAAAACGUAAACGCGUCGGUGAGUGUUUCUAAAAACGGGAGUCGAGGCUACGCAGAGGAGCGGAGCGGCGCGGAGCUCAAGGCGGACGGGGAGGACAGCGGCUUCGCCGGUCAGCCAUGGAGGAUGCGGCCCGCAGUCGCCAGCGUCUAAUUUCCCAUCCGACCCACGCUCAUUUUGAUGGGAAUUACCGCUAAUAGCAAAGGCAAGCCGGGACAACCCACCACCCGACACUUGAGGGGAGGAAAACGCGAAGCGGACCCCACGUCAAUGACUGUUGCGGCAGAGGAGCCCCCACGGUGGAGUCGGCCGGUUCCCAAAAUAUGACCAGGGGUGCUGGGACGUGUUGGCAGCAAGAAGAUGACGACGGCUUCCAAAUCUGGCUAGAGCCCCCCCGCGACAACCAAAAGCCAUUCACCGACUCAGAGAGGGCGCAGAGAUGGCGACUGUCCUUGGCAUCCCUCUUGUUCUUAACCAUCCUCCUCUCUGAUCACCUGUGGUUCUGCGCCGAGGCCAAACUGGCCCGGACCCUGGACAAGUUCGCAUCCUCCCACCUCCUCUCACCCCAGACCCACUCAGCACACAGCAGCCUCAGAGGAAACCCAGAUGCUAUUUUUAUAGGAAACUCUACCAAACAUUUGUGGCGGCUCGAAACUUGCCACCAGGAUAGUUUAUCUAAGAACUGCUUUGCUUUCGCAGAUGCCGACCAUUUGUGCAGCGGCCUUUCCGACAAAGAGGGGACGCGGGCUGUAAAUAUGAGCGAUUUGUACCUUUCCUUUUGUAACUCCUACUCUCUGCUGGAUUUGUUUUACGGGUCGACAAGUCCGGACAAUUUGAACUGCAGCCUCGACGUGCUCGGCGAUGGCGACACUACCAGAUGCAGCCUGUGCGUCCAGGCGUACCAGCGCUACGACCAGCACGCCCAGGAGAAAUACGAGGACUUUGAGCUCCUGACUCAGAAAUAUGAGCCGGGGGCAUAUUCAGUGAGGACGUGCAUGGAGCAGUGCAAGACGGCCUAUAAGCCCUGGCUGUGUGCGCAGUAUUUCCCCACGUUCCAGCAGUCCUGUCAGAGGAAGGUACCGUGCCACCAGUACUGCCUGGAGGUCCAGCAGAGCUGUCCGUUCAUCCUGCCCGAUAACGACGACCUGAUCCACGGCGGCAGCCCCAGCUUCAUCUGCACAGGGCUCUUGGGGGAUCAUCCAUCAGACAGUGAGGCGGAGUGCUGCGACGUCCGAUGGGACUCCAAAAUGGACAACCCUUCAGGCGGGACAAUAAAAAGGACUGCUUCUUCCUGCCAGCCCGAGGGGGCCUCGGUCACCUCCGCCGCUACCCCGAGACUGUGUAGCGGGCGACUGAAGAUCUGCCUGCUGGCCCUCGUCCUCCUACACACUGUCAUCAUCAUUUCAGCCUCCCAUAAUUCUACGUUGGUGGGCAUGGCUGCCAUUUUCUCACCAGAGGAGAGUGCUUCUAAUGAGGAGUGAACCUUGGGGUUGAAUCAAGGCUGGAGCUUGUAAAGAGUGAUGUCGCUCGAGAGCAUUAUGGCUUUUACAAUGUCAUGGCUGCCAGGGACACGUCUGGCGAGACAUGCUGGGAAAUGCCUCUACAAUCUGCCGCAGAUGAACCAUCAACCACAGGAAGUGGGAGGGUUUUAACUGGAGCUAAGGGUGCUGGGAUUGGACAUCGACGAACCGAGAUGUUUGAGAACCGCCCCCCUAAAGAACUGACCUCUUGCCACUUGAAACCUGCUCAUUGUUUCUAUUCCAUCCAAAUGUUUUCUAGCAUAUUGUCCCUCCUCUCCUUCCUUCCUUCCUUCCUUCCUUCCUUCCUUCCCUCCCUCCCUCCCUCCCUCCCUCCCUCCCUCCCUCCGUUUUCAGUGUGUGUGUGUGGAUGGCAUGUCAGAGGAAAAAAUGGACAUCGGUGAAGUGUGUGCCCUCGCUCAUCAUCACCCUCAGAUUCUUGCUGCAUUAUUUUCAGGUGCCAGAAUGUUUUGACAUAUCAACUGUGUUCCACUUCCUACUCUCCAUCACCUCCGAGGCGUCUCCUCAGCCGCCGUGUGUGUGUGAUGCUGCUCGAGGACCAGCUCAUCCAUCCUCCAUGUGGGUCUCUGAAAAACAAAAAAUGUUUGUGAUUCUUCUAUAUUCUGAUGUUCAGCUUGUAUUUCGUCCCACUAGAUCUUUUUUCUCGACCUCUUAAACGACGGUACAUGCCUACACGUUUCUGGACCUUAAGUGCUCUGAGACUGGCGCGCUCUCUCUUCUAACUUGUUGGGCCAUUGAGCAAGUUAGGAGGGAUGAAGGUAGCGACGGUUCAGCUCAUGAUUACAGGGUGUUGCGGGAGUUGAUGCCGAGCUUCGUUGCCAUCAGUUUACCUCAGACGGUAGCGUCGUCGUUGCAGACAGGCGGCCAGGUGGCUCGUCUGCAGGUAGUGUUUGACUGCAGGGACAACCCAGGGACACCAGAGGACAGCUGCAUGAAGUCAAAACACCAGGGGCCUCAUUUAUCAACCGCCUGUAAACUGCUUUCUGCACACACAGUCUGACUCAUCGGUUUCUUCUUCAGGUAUCACCGAAUCUCCAGCGUGCACAAACCGCAGCUCAGCUUUUAAUCGUAGAGAGUCUGUAGCUUCAGUUUUAGCUUAAUAAAAAGAACAUAGGGGGGUGUGGCUUCUCUAUCCUUACACCCUUGAAUACGGUGCGAUACAGUCCCCUACACCUCCACCUGCCUCCCCCACGCUGUCAGAUCAGAAGCAGGUAAUAAAGGUUAAAUUAAUAAAUUAGACCUAAACAGCAUUCUUUGGAAAUAUAAAAGUUUUUUGCCAACACACACACUCUCACUAAGAUCUUCCUACUACUAAGUGCAGUUUUAUAUGAUGGGUGGGUUUUACAUUUUACAGAAAAGAAAAGAGAUGGAUUUUGAUAUGAAAAACUAUUUUUCAUUUCACAGUGUCUUUAAUGUCUCUAUUUUGUCUGUAUUACUGAGCACCUGUAGCUCCAUAUAGGAGAGCCGGAGGAAUUAAGUUAUUACCCGUGAGGUUUCAGCACCAUUUAUUUUAAUUAGAUGAACUAAGACGGGUUUAUUUUCUGUUGAGCUGAAACUUUUUUCUAAAAGUACAUUUCUAAACUUUGAAUUACAUUGAAAAUGCUGCAGCCAGUUUCCAAUGUCAAUUUUAAGUAUUGUAGUUUAGCAAUUUAGAAAUAAUUUUAAUUUUAUAAUUUUAAUUUAGAAAAUGCUGUAUCAUGAUCUUUGGCACAAUAUUGUUCGAACUUGUUCAGACCGUAGGGAGAUAGUGACCCUGCAGGAACACGUUGGGAAGCUUUCCCUCCCAUGAUGCACCAGAACUUAAAUAUCUUUUAUCUUUCUUUAUUUAAUCCACAACACGUAACUCCACUUUAACGCUACUAGGACUUCCAUCGGGAUGUGGUUGACCAUUUUUCUGCAUUCUGGGGGCGUUUCCAUCCACCGACAGAUUCGUCACUGAUCGCUGCAUGAAGGUGUUAUCAAACAACGUUUCGUAAAUACCAGUUUUCCUCUUUCGUAUUCGACGUGUAGCGCUCGUCCUGUGCUGUGGUUUGAUAAAUGAGGCCCCGGAUCUUUGAGUGCCUCUCUGCUGUAGAAGCCCAGCGAGGCAGAUACUGGCAAUGGAGCAAUAUGGAGAAAAAAAACAAACAAACAGCCGGUGUUAGUGUCCUACUUUGUGGCCUCUUCACUACUGUCGGCUUGACUUCUCAGUAUCGUAGUUGAGCAAGUGACCAAGAACCACCCAAUCAAUCAAUGUGUCGACUCUUAAAUCACCCUUAGACAAGCUGAUCAACCGCUAUCUUUCACAGACUAGCAAAGGGCUGUGUUAGUGUCAGCGUGCGAGGAGUGUGAGGAGUUUUAAAGGGCUGAUCCAUCUGAUUUUGUUUUUGUUUUUUGUUUUUUUGUUUUGUUUUUUUUGCAUGGCUGCUGCUAAUAAAGUGCACAUUGACAUGAGGACAGGUCACGCAGGGAUUAAGAAGGGAUUAAACUCCCAUCUUUAGCUAGAGAUUGGACAGAAAAAUAGAUCUAUCCAAUACUUAAAUCUGAUACCAUGAGCAACUAGAGAUGCACCAAAAACUAAAGCUAAGGACGCCAAAUCUUUCUCUUCUUUCUUGUCCUCCAUCCUGGUUGCCUCUAAUGAUCAGUUACAGACAGAUUGGAGUUUUAACUUCACCUCCAAAUUGUUCUCGGCUGUGAAAACGUGGUAUCAGUGCCUCCUCCCUUCCCCAUUAACAGCUUGACCUUACCUCGCCUCACAUCACGUAAUGACCAUUGAUUUCACACACACACACACAAACACACACACACACUCACAUAGAGUGGGAUGUCACAUGGAAGUCAAGUCUACGCUCGCCUCUGGAUUUUCAAGAUGCAGUUCUUAUACUUUAACCCCCCCCCCCAGUUUACUUUCCGACCCCCUGUUUUUUGCUUGAUUUUCUCGUGUGAUGUGUUGUUUCGUUUGUUUGUUUUUCCUUGACGAACUGUGUUGACGAGAACUACUUUCCCCUUGAAGACAGCAGCGGAUGUAACAGGCCCACACUUUGUGCUCCGUCCCCUUCGAUCUCUAGCUGUUCACGAUCUGAGUCCUGUGGAUCUAUGCAGAAGAACCCCACCCCAAACUACCCCACCCACUUUCCCCUAACCACCACCACCACCACCACCACCACCACCUUCACCACCACCGCCACCACCACCACAAACCCCUUGUCCUUUCUGUUGUAAAUAUGUCCUGAGGAUGUGGGAUCCCCAAAAUGGCCACCUCCCCUUCCCCGACUUCCCCUACCUCCCCCCUCUGUUGGAAUCUCAGUGUUUUCUGUUCGCCUCCUUGGUUUUUGUCUGUUUUUUGAGAUUUUUGCCGCAUUUUUCUGUUGUCUAAAGCAGUGGUGUGAGUUGAUGAGUAGGACUAAGUUGGAUGUUAAAAAGAUGAGAUAAAGAGGUCUAAAGAAAAAUAUACAAAAAAAUGAAGCUUGAAUUGAGAAAUGGGUUCAAAUAUAGAGAAAAAAUUAUGAUAAAGUUGUCAUAUUGUCAUACUAGAGAUGCUUUAGUUUGCUAAUUUACUUUCUUUUUUUUCUACAAAAGACUUGGAUGAAAUUAUUUAUAAAAUGCGUCCCACGAGUCAUGAUCUUUUUUGGACGUAAAACAAAUACAUUUAUUAACAUUUUGUUCAAAAGAAAAUAAAUAUAAAUUAUGUUAAACAUUA